AUGGGAUGCAACGUUGUGCAAUAUGAUGGCAGACGAUCAAGUGGCGAAAGUGAUGGAACUGAAUCAGGAGUAGUCUUGAGUCAAUAUACAUUAUCGACUUGGAUUGCAGCCAAAGUGGCCUUACUGAGUCAGCGUAGUCUGGUAGACAGACCGGUAAGUGCACAUUGCAUCAUCUUAGCCAUUGGCCUGGUGUCCAUCUUUGAUCGUUGGUUAAUGAUGGAGAGUGUUGCAUCUCGUGCAUCCGCUGCUUUGGAAGAAGUUGUUAAAGAAGUGGAAGAUCGCUAUAUUCGAAAAUUACAGGGCAAAGCUUACAGAUGUUGUGCAGCUUGUUGUGAAAACAAAUCUCUAACUGGCCAUCUUGUACAAGACUGCGUAACCAAUUGCGUUAGUGAUGUCAAUAGGGCUCAAGAAAUUUGCAAUCAAGAAUUUGGUAACUUUCAGGAACGACUUAAUAGAUGUGCGCUAGAUUGCCAAGAUAAAAUUAAAGACAAAAUGAGUAGCAACAUGAAUGACGUAGAAAUGUCUAAAUUAACUAAACAGAUGGAACAAUGUUUUAGUGAAUGCGUCGAUACCCGAAUUAAACUUUUAGCCAAAAUGAGGAAAAGGCUAGCGUCUCAGUUGGAUAAAAUGGUUGAUUUCUAG